AGGACCAACAAUAUACAUGUCCAUUCAAACCUACCACCUAAUCUUCUUUAGUCCUCUAUAUAUGUCCACUCCUAAACUGUUCUACGCUUCCAACUAUAAAUUGAAUGAUUGAACAAUCAAUAAGUAUGCUUAACGCAUUCAAAUCAUUUACCAGAGCACAACCACUUGCUGUUUUCUCACAUCCUUCGGCCUACCGCAUUUGUUCCAAUUCUUCUCAGGUCAAAAUCAAAUUGCGAACUAUUUUGACAGAAUCAGGGGAAAAGGACGAUAUCAAAAUGGACCAGACCAAGAAUCCUGGAACCGAAACCAAACCUAAGGACGACGCAAUGUCCAGCUUUGGAGGAGGAUAUGUAACUAGGUCAGAUGAAGAAGGUUUUGGAGGGAUCUAUGGAGGAAAACAAGAGGAGGAAGAAAAGAUCGACCAUGGAAAUUACCCUGAAUAUGAUAACAAACAAGGAAGUGAAGUGAAGGAGACGGAGAAGGCUCGUAACCAGCUCACCGCAGCUUGAACAAAAAUAAAAGGCUUCCCCUUAUUGGUGACUUGACAUGACGAGUCAACUUUUUUAUGUUUUAAUUUUUAGUGUAAAUUAUGUUGAGGUAGUGCUUCAUGCAGGGUGGAUUCAAAAUUUCUAGUGAGGGUUUAGUAGUAUAUAUACGGACUAAUUGAAGAGGUUUAA